AUGGAACAUCAAUACCGCCGGGGGAUAUACCGCCCAAAAGCACAACGCCUGAGCAUAUCUCUUGCCCCGCUGGUCGCGCAGAGGUCGCUCUUAUUCAGAGUCAAGGCAGACCUUGCCACGAAGACAAAUUACGGCGAGUUGACACCGACGGAGGAAUCGGAUUCGGCGGUAACCUCGGAGUCGGCAGCUCCCUCGCCUGCGUUGUUCGUCGUCACUGCGUCUGCAUCGGCACGGAUCAUCAGUGCUGCUCUAUCUGUUCUAUCGACGUGCAGCGUAUACAGCCAGGAAUCAUGGCAAGGUGGCCCCUCUCCAUUCGCCCCAGUUUCCGCUGCUUCUCCUAUUUCAGUUGCUGCACCUACUCGUCCUCUUACGCGUGCACCUGCUGGCCUUUUUCUUAACGUGGGCGACACAAGGAGGCAUGGCGUUGCAUUCAGCCCGAGCCUUCAAUGGGAAACAUUGUCGGACGAUGCCACUUCAGAAACGGAUAGUCAACAUUGCACAGAGUCUGGAGUGGAAAUCUCUUCAAACCCAUCACCCGGUGUUCAACAGACUCUUUCAGUCGAAAUUUCACAUGCUCCAGAACCCCGGGCCAACCUGAGGGCCCACCUUCGACUGAGCACUAGCUCGAGCAUCUUGAGCCCCUUUUUCCGGGGAGGCAGUCCGACUGUAUCAUCAGAGGAGCAAAUCCCUGUCAACCUGUUGGCGCUCGACUCGGAUGGCGAGGCUUUACCUGUUAUCGUAUCAUCGAAGAAGAGGGCCAGCGCUGCAAAGAGGAUCUCAAAGCACGCCAAAGCAUUUGGGAAAGCCAUGAGCCAUCUGUCCAUGCAGCCAAUCAACAAGAAGGAUAGCCAGAUUGCAAAAACUUCGUCGCGGCGACAGACUACAAUAGCAGUUGCGCACCCGCACCUCGGAGAAGUGACACAAGAGCGUAAAGAAUCUUCGCACAGUGAAAAUAUGCCUGUGAGACCCCGCCCUCCUCGUUCCAUUCGGCCGCCGUGCAAUGUAGAGGGUUCACUAUCCGAUGCUACGCCGAUCCAAGCCCCGAGGUCAAUUUCCCCUCCUCCUGCCAUCGCCAUCCCUGUAAUGAAAGGAAGGGGACACAGGCGGUACAACAGCUCUCCAGCCGUACCUCACUUCGGCUCCACUGAGUUCAAGGGUUGGAACAGAACGGAAAUGCCCCCGAUGCCUACUUUGCCGCCAAAAUCUGAGUUGGCGAAGUUCAAGUUGGGAAGUAUGCCACCUCCUCGCCCACAACGGUCGCUUGCGCGCGUGAAUAGUGUCGGGCAGGGGCAUGUACGAGCAGUUUCUGUUGAUUGUCUAUAG